AUGACCAAAAAGGCCACCACCAACGCCAUAGACCAUUUGGCGGUGACGGAAUCCUUGGGAUACAAGGUGUUUCGCAAACAAACACGCUCGGUAUGGACAGAGGAGAAGGACAAGAUUCUGAGAGAGGCCGUUAUAAGUCAGUUUUUAGAGCAUGAAAAGCUGGAAAGUUAUGAUAAACAACGGAUCAAGCCCGAUUCCAUCGACUGGACCGCUAUUGCCGCCAAUUUCGAUAACUACAGCGCCAUGAGGUGUCGCAAACGAUGGGUGAGUGCCCUCGAUCCGCGACUCCGACGUGGUAAAUGGACCCCUGAGGAAGACGACCAGCUUCUGAAAGCGUAUCAAGAAUUGGGGCCCGUUUGGGGUAAAGUGUCCGAGCGCGUGGAAGGACGUACCGAAGAUCAAUGUUCAAAACGUUACAUCGAGGUUUUGAACCCAGAUAACACAGAUCGCACCAAACCUUGGAGUCUGGAAGAAGACUUGCAACUAAUUAAAAGUGUCCAAGAACACGGAACAAGAUGGAGAACGGUGGCUGCUGCGAUCCACGGCCGGCCAAGUCUGACGUGCAGAAACCGCUGGAGAAAAAUUAUGACCGACGUUGCGCGGAAACAGGCGUCCAGACCGAUCAUGGUAGCCGUUGGAGCGAUAGAUGGCAGCUACGACGAAUCUGGCAAACGGGAACCUGCACAAGCGCCACCGGUCUCUGUUACACCAAUGCCUGUUCCACAGACCACAUUCCAAAGACAACCGCUAGCAAGACCUGCGAAUGGGAUGAUUCCUGGCAAGUCUCAAACCGAAUGGAGAUUCGAGAUGAUCGACCCGAAAACCAACGAGCCUAUAUCAAAUUUCAACGGCAGUGUUCAGUCACAGGACCAGGUGCACCGCAUCAUCGAGCUAGCCAAAUAUAACGGCGUCAAUAUCACCAUCCACCAACACAUUCAUCAUCAUUACAGUGCUCAGACGUCGGCAUUGGACCCAACAACGUCUCUCAACAGAUAUUCCCACUUUAAUUACCUUCCACCGUUGACGGAAGUGCCAAAACUGACAUCGAACUCGGGAGGCUCGCCGCACACCGAGACCAGUCCGGCUGCUACGCAAACAGGGGGUGCGAAAAGCACUCCACCAAACACGAGCGACGACGAGGAGAUGGAGGACCAGGACUUCUGGGAGUCCAUGCGGUCGCUCACGCAGCCGACGGCCCCCACCGUGGGGAGCAAGCCCGUUUCACGCCACCACCCGCUCCACUACCAGGACAAGUACGUGACAGAGGUGACCGAGUACUCGCACGGGGUCAGCGAGUCACGUGUCGAGGAUGACGAGGACGAGGAAGAAGAGGCCGAGGCCGAGCAGUACGGCUGGUACUACAAUGUUCCGCGCAAGGGCACCGGCACCGGUGAUGGGUACGUGAUGCCGUUCAACCCAUCCUGA